AUGUCGAACGAAGUCGAAAUCCCCGUUGUCAUCAUAGGAGGUGGAGGAUGUGGCUUGACACUGUCGAGCUUCCUAUCCAACUAUGGGAUUGGACACGUCCUCAUUGAGAAGCAUACGAGCACAUCCAUAAUACCCAAAGCGCAUUAUUUGAAUCAGCGCACAAUGGAGAUUCUGCAAGCCCAUAACAUGGCUGAUGAAAUUCUCCAAAAGACUUGCCCUCCACGCCACAUGAGCCAGGUUGCCUGGCAGACGUCCUUGGGUGGCUCCAGCCCUCUAGAUCGUCAGCUAAUUCACAAGAUUGAGUGCUUUGGAGGAAAUGAGGGCACAGAAUAUUCUCAGUCAUACAAACAAGAUGCACCACUACGCUCCGGAAACCUACCGCUAUUCAGACUGGAACCUAUACUGAAAGGCCUAGCGGAGAACCGUAAUCCAGGAAAGGUCCUGUUCGGUCACCAGGUGGUGGACUUUGACGACGAAGGCAGUGUAGUCCAUGUGAAGACCGCCGACGGCGAAGGAAAAGAAACCGUUUACAAAUGCCAGUAUUUAAUUGGUGCCGACGGAGGGCGUACAGUUGGGCCCAAGCUUGGGAUCGAAAUGCGAGGGCCAAGGAAUAUCACGGACAUGGUUUCUGUACACUUCGGGGCAGACCUCUCUGAAUACUGGGACGACCGCUACUUUGCGUGCCAUUUUAUCAACGGUGAAAACGGCACUGUCUUCGAGAGCGGCGCCAUUGUUCCCAUGGGACCGACCUGGGGAAGCAACUCGGAAGAAUGGGUCUUUCACUUUGGAUUCUCUAUGGAUGACGAGGCUCGCCACGACGAAUCCGCACUGAUUCCUCGCAUCCGUGAGCUUCUGAAGAUCCCUGAAUUAGAGAUUAAGGUGUACAAAGUCAGCCACUGGGCUAUCGAGCGAGUGCUAGCAGAUUCAUAUCGCAAAGGGCGAGUGUUCCUUGCUGGCGAUGCGGGAAACAGACGGCCACCUACAACCGGGCUCGGCCUGAAUACAGCCAUCGAAGACUCCCUCAAUCUGGCGUGGAAACUAGCACUGGUGCUUACAGAAAAGGCUAGUGAGUCAAUCCUUAACAGCUAUGAGCCUGAAAGACGUGCAGUUGGUGAAAUCAACUGUGACUGGGGAUUGUUCACUUUCAACAACUCGGCCGUCAUCAACACUGUCAUGGGUCUUAUACCUGGCCAAAAGGAACAUAACAAGCAGCAAUUCCAGUCAUUACUUGAAGGCUCAGACAAGGGAAGGAGCUUCCGAGCACAGGUUGCACGGAUUAUAGAAACCCAAGCCAUCGAGUUCUGUGCCCACGGUAUCGAGCUCGGCUUCAGAUAUACCAAUGGAUUCCUCAUACCCGAUGGCUCCAUUCCAGCAAAGCGAGAUCCAUUGGGUCUGCAAUACUUCCCUACCACCCAGCCCGGUCAUCGUCUGCCACAUGCAUGGAUAGAACGACAAGGCCAGAUCCUAUCUACCCACCAUCUCGUACGCAACAACCUUGCCUUCGCGCUGAUUACAGAUGUAGAUGGUUCGGUAUGGAUCCCGGCUGCAGAGCGAGUGUCGAAACGUCUUAGUGUUCCAAUUUCAGUGGCUCAAAUUGGAACACGGUGCCCAUACAGAGAUUACGAGGACCGCUGGGACAGCUUGAAAGGCAUUCAGACCGGAGGAGCGAUUUUAGUUAGGCCUGACAAUAUUGUUGCUUGGCGGUCUAUUUACAUCAGUAGACGCGAUGGAAAGGAACUGGAAGAAGCUGUGGAUUUGUUGCUUCGAGGACGGGUCGAUAUAUGUGAGGGUGUCGAGGAUAGUUCUCGCCCAAGGCUAUAA